CAGUACCAAUUACUUCGUUGACCAUCACAGACGUCAACAAACACAAAAAAAUGCGAGUUUUCUUCCUAUUUUUUGUCAUUUUCUGCGCCGCAAAUGGCUUUUCCAUCAACCAUCCUUUCAAAUUGUCGUCUCCAAUUGCCACGGAAUGGACCGAUGAUCCGGGAAAAGCAUUAUUUUUGACGCCGCUCAUCGAAAAAGGCGACAUUGAAAAUGCGCAAAAACUGGCAAAAGUUCCGUCGCUCGGAAUUGACGUGAAUAGCUAUGCGGGAUUAAUUACUGUCAACAAAACUUUCGGCUCGAAUAUGUUUUUUUGGUAUUUUGAGGCGGAAAAUGAUCCGAAAAACGCUCCUGUGUUGAUUUGGUUGCAAGGAGGGCCCGGAGCGAGUUCGUUAUUUGGUCUUUUUACGGAAAAUGGACCUUUUGAAGUGGGUUCCGAUGGAAAAUUGAGCAAAAGGAAGUAUUCGUGGUCAUUAAAUCAUCAUCUAAUCUUCAUUGAUAACCCAGUUGGGACAGGAUUUAGCUUCACAGAGCAUGAUUUGGGAUAUGCGACGACCGAAGAAGACGUCGCCGCGAACCUUUAUGAGACAAUGCGUCAAUUUUAUGCACUUUUCCCGCAUUUGAAGACCCUUCCGUUGUUCCUGAGUGGCGAAUCUUAUGCCGGAAAGUACGUUCCUGCCUUCGGAUUCGCGAUAGAUCAAAAAAAUGAGGCUUCCGACAAAGAAAUUGUGAUGAAUUUACAAGGCAUGGCAAUCGGCAAUGCUUGGUCCGAUCCUUUGCAUCAAGUUGAACUCGGCGAUUAUCUCUUCGAACUGGGUUUAAUUGACAAAAAUACGCUAAAAAUCUUCCAUGAGUACGAAAAACGAGGUCUCGAAAUGAUCCGCGACGAAGAUUAUUUGGCAGCUUUCAUGCUUUUUGACGCCUUGCUCGAUGGCGAUAUGACUCCCGCCGGAUCCAUCAUGAAAAAUGCCACUGGCAUCACUUUCCCCUACAAUUAUUUGGCGCAACGUGAACCAAUUAAUUACCUUUCGCAGCUAAUUGGUAAUGCGACAUGGCGCAAAGCCAUUCACGUGGGCGACCUGAAAUUCAAUUCCAACGACAACGUGAACGACAAUGCCGUUGCCAAAUAUUUGAUGAAUGACGUCAUGAAGUCUGUCGCUCCCUGGACCGAAUAUUUGCUCAACAAGUAUCGCAUGGUGUUCUACAACGGGCAACUUGACUUGGUUUGUCCGUACCAGCCCGAGACAAAUCACUUGGAAAAUUUGAAAUUUAAUGGCGCGGAAGCGUAUAAAACGGCAGAACGGAUGAUUUGGAAGGUCGGCGACGAUAUUGCUGGGUAUGUGAAGGAAGCAGGCAAUUUAGUUGAAGUGCUUGUACGUGACUCGGGACAUAUGGUGCCAACAGAUCAACCGAAAUGGGCGUUUGAUUUGAUCACGAGAGUCACUCAUGGCAAAGGGUUUUCAUCAAAUUAAGAGAAAUAAAAUUAAAAAAUAAUUUUUAAAUAAUAAAAAAAAAUAAAUCAAUAAAAAUAAUUUUUAAAUUGAGAAAAAAUUAAUGAAAAAAUAUUUUUUAAACAUAAAAAUUAAAUAAAAAUAUUUUUUAAUUUAAAAAAUUAAAUUGAAAAGAU